AUGGUCGUAGGAUCUGUUCUCGUCACUGGUGGCACGGGCUACAUUGGCUCAUUCACGACUGUCGCCCUCCUCGAAGCUGACUACAAGGUCGUCAUUGUCGACAGCCUUUACAAUUCCGACGCCGAGGUCGUCAACCGCAUUGAGCUCCUCACCGGCAAACGCCCUGCCUUCUACCAAUGCGAUGUCACAGAUGAGGCUGCGCUCGACAAGGUGUUCGAGGAUCAUCCUGACAUUGACAAUGUCAUUCACUUCGCUGCUCUGAAGGCCGUUGGUGAAUCCGGCGAGAUCCCCCUGGAAUACUACCGUGUUAACGUCGGGGGCUCCAUCUCCCUCCUCACCUCAAUGGUCAAACACAACGUAACAAACAUCGUCUUCUCCAGCUCCGCAACCGUCUACGGCGAUGCCACACGUGUGCCCAACAUGAUUCCUAUUCCCGAACAUUGCCCCAUUGGCCCAACCAACACUUACGGUCGCACAAAGUCCACUAUUGAAGGCGCCAUCACUGACACCAUCGACGCUCAACGCAACAAUGCUAAGAAGGCAGGCAAGCCUGAGGCUGAGAUCAAAAAGUGGAAUGCGGCGCUGUUGCGGUACUUCAACCCGGCGGGUGCACAUCCGAGUGGCAUUCUAGGUGAAAACCCCCUAGGGGUACCGUACAAUCUUCUCCCACUGCUGGCGCAAGUCGCAAUCGGAAAGCGCGAUAAGCUCCUCGUAUUCGGCGACGACUACAAGUCAAAGGACGGCACCGCCAUCCGCGACUAUAUCCACGUCCUAGAUCUCGCUCGCGGCCAUUUACAAGCCCUCAACUACCUGCGCGAGCAGCAGCCCGGCGUCAAGGCGUGGAACUUGGGCUCUGGCAAGGGAUCAACCGUGUUUGAGAUGAUCAAGGCGUUCAGCAACGUUGUGGGCAGGGAUCUGCCGUAUGAGGUUGCGCCGAGACGGCAGGGCGAUGUGUUGGAUUUGACGGCAAAUCCUACGCUGGCGAACAAGGAACUGAACUGGAAGACUGAGCUUACGCUAGAAGAUGCGUGUGCCGAUCUUUGGAAGUGGACAAAGAAUAACCCUGAGGGCUAUGGACAGCAGCCACCAAAGGAGUUUUUGGAUGCGUUGAAGAACAAGAAGGCUUGA